CUACUCUCGUCAGCCUCGCGCCAGUCGCCGCCGCAGCCCGCGUCCGUGAGCACCGCGCCGCGCGCCGUGCCGGCCGCCGCCUCUCCCCUCAGCUGCCCCGAGAAUACGGACCGGACAUGGCUCUCACAGCGUCGUCAGUGGUGCUGGCGCUGGUGCUGGCGCUGGUGCUGGUGGCUGGGUCUGAGAGCAGGACCCCCCUCCGCAGCCGACGAGUCGCGCCCCAUGCCGACAGGCCGGCGGGGCGGAGCUCGGACGUGGCGGAGCCGCCGCCGCUGUUCCGCUACUACGUGCUGGACCGACGCGGGGCCGUGGAGCGGACCUUCCUCUCGCCGCAGCCGCUGUCGGGCCCGCCGCCAGCAGCCGGGCCUCUGCCCCAGAUGGACAGCGUGGUGGCCACCAUCGGCACUAUCGUCAACGCAGAGGUGGCCUCGAUGGGCGGCCGGGACCAGAGCACCGUGGCGCCGCGGGUCGUUAGCUACCAAGCGGAGGAAGUGGAAAAGGUGGCGCCACAGUCACCGGAAGACAGUGAGGAGGCGCCACAGUUGCCGACAGGCGGUGAGACGGAAUAUUGGCCCCAGAUCGACAGUGCGGUAACCGACAGAGAGUCUAUGUUCAACUCUGAACAGGAGUUAGUUGAAGUGGAAGAUUUUAGUGAAAAUGAUCAGCAGGUGAGCAGUGACGCGGGCGAUGAAAGCUAUGCUGAGCCUGAAUCGAUCGAAACACCGUCAGUGCUGCCCCCUACCGCACAAGAGACACACCACACUCGGCCGAGUGUGCCUUACAUCUCCCCGUCGGUGAUGUCGUCAGUUCUGACUCCGGAGGAGAUCGAGCUGCUCUCUCAGCUGAAUGUGGCGCUGCUCUCAGACCCCGAGGUUGCCAUGACGACCGAGGUGCCGCUGGGUGAAGUCGCCUACAUGCAAACAGAACGGACCACACCGUCCAAAGUUCACUACUUCGUACCUGCGUCGCCGACCCCUCACGGCGAACAGAGCGACUCGCAGUUCGGCCCAAUACCGACAGAGGCGCUAGAGGGUCGCGUGAGCAGCCAAGGAGAGCCUAUCUCGGCGAUUGACGAGGAUCCGACCCCGCCGCGGCGCCGGCCGUCCCACAGAGCGCCGGUGCGGUCCCCGACGAUGGACGGUAUCACGGGCGGCGGCCUGCGUCCGUACACAGCCGAGGAGCUGGCCGCCCUGGAGGCCGCCUACCUGGAGGAGGAGGAGGCGGAGGAGCCGCUGCCGCUGCACCCGGUGGUGGACAGCGUGUUCUCGCCGUACCUCUCCCACUCGAUCGCCUCCCGGUUCAUCCCGGACGCCAUCGGAGCCGGCCAUGGCCACGGAAUGGCUCACAGUGCGGGGUCCGGAGCGACUGGGGGACAGGGACAGGAAGAGAGAGUUCCUCCCGGUCACGAGACCCGGCCCCUGAUCGUGAACAGAGAGACCAUCAGUGCCGAUCAGAUCAAGGCCAUGGAGAACUUGGUGGAACUUCUGUCAACUCCCGUCAAGUCGCAGGAGACGACCUCAACCAUCGACACAGCUCCAGUGACAGCUCAGCAGAGCGCUUCUGAGACCGUCGACGCCAGCGGAGCCGUUCCUUCCGACAUACAGUCCAGCGAGCAGACGAGUCUGGAGGAGGACGACCUGCUCAUGGUGCUUGGUGAGGCAGCCAGCAAAGGAGGGAGUGUCGGGUCCAAAACGGCACCCGCAGCGACACCCUCAGCGAAACCGACAGCACCUGCAGCGUCUCCUGUGUCGGGCGGCGCUGCGGACACUGAGCUGGAGGACGGCAGCGGGUCCGGCGCCGAGCCGCCCGCCGUGCGACCCACCUUCACCCUGUCCAGUCUGUUCCGACCCGGAGCGCUGGGAGCCGGGGGAUUCCUCUCCUUCUCCGGCGAGGUCGGCUCGUCAGAGGACGGCUCCGGUGAGGCUCCUGACGAGGACGAGGCGGUCUCAGAGCUUCCUCAUAUUCUGCUGGAUACGGAGGAGGACCUCUCCUCGCGGGUGCGGCCGCUGACCGUGGGCUAUGAGCAGACGCCGGAGCUGAACUUCAGCAACGAAAUCCAGCAUCACGAAGGUCACCAUGAUGAGCACUUUGAGGCCGAACAUAGGCAAGAUCACGACGAAGGAGAUCACAAAGUGCACGAUCCAAGCUACUACAUCAGUGCCGAGAAUAAGAAGCAUCAUGAGCAUCACCACGAAGGCGCCGAUCACGAGUCCCACUCCGGCGACCACGCGCAAGGUCACGGCGACCACGAGGGUCACCAUCAGGGUCAUAAAGGUCAUCAUGGAGAUCACGGAGAUCACCACGGAGACCACAAAGAACACCACGGCGAUCAUCACGGUAACCACGGCGCCGGAAACGGUAUAGGUGGCGCCACCUUACGGUCGCCGCCAGAGGGCAGCCUGGGUCUGGAAGACACCCUUCUGGACGUGGACCAGAGCACCGACACGUUUGUGGAAAACAUGAACCGACUCGGGCUGUCGCUCUACCGCCGCCUGGCGCCCGACUACCCCAAACAGAACAUGGUGUUCUCGCCGCUGGGUGUGAGCAGCAGUCUGGCGCAGCUGUUCCUCGGGGCGCGCGGCGACACGGCCGACCAACUGGACCGGCUGCUGCAGCUGGACACCAUGACCAGCUUCAACCCGCACGUGGGCUUCUUCAAGUUCCUUCGCUACAUGAACCAGGCCGGCGAGCACGCCCAGUCGGCCGUCUGUAACGCUCUGCUUACACAUACGGAGCAGGGUGACAUGUUCAGCGGCUACGAAUUCUUGCUGUCGCGCUUCUACCAGCCAGUCAUCGACAAAAAUGCGGACCUGAAGUCGGCUCCGGGAACGGCCAUCCAGAAAAGCAUCAACAGCUGCGUCAGCAAAUCGACCGGCGGCCUGGUCAGCGACUUCAUCCGGCGUCCCGAGAGCCUGCCGCCCGUGGAGCCCUCUCUGGUCACCGCCUCCGGCACCUUCUUCAACGCGACGCUGGCGCCCUCUCUGGACGUCCGGCUGGUGGACACGACGUUCCUGCGCUUCCCGUCGGCGCUGCGGCGUGUGCUGGCCACGGCCGGUGUGCGCGUGCGCGGCUCCCUGCCGGCCGGCUACAGCGCGGAGCUGGACUGCACGGUGGCCGCGCUGCCCUACUCGGACGGACAGCUGCAGCUGGUGCUGCUGCUGCCCGGCACCGCCGGACGAUUCAACGCCGACGGCCUCUCGCAGCUGGAGUCGCGCCUGUCGCCGGCCGCCUGGCACCGCCUGAUGCGCUCCGCCACCCCCCAGCAGCUGGAGGUCACCGUGCCCAUCAUAUCACACCGGACCGAGGCCGAGCUGCGCCCGCUGCUCGGUCAGCUCGGGGUGCGCGCCGCGCUGACCGAGGGCAGCGCCGACUUCUCCGGUGUGAACGGGCUCAGAGAUCUGCGGCUGGGCGGCGUGCUGCAGGCGACAGAGUUCCACCUCGGGGACGGCAGUGUGCUGCACGCAGGACACGCCGGACAUGGAGACCAUGGCGGACACGGGGACCAUGGUGGGCACGGGGACCAUGGCGGACAUGGCGGACACGGGGACCAUGGUGGACACGCCGGACAUGGGGACCAUGGUGGACAUGGGGACCAUGGUGGACACGGGGACCAUGGUGGACACGGGGACCAUGAUGGACAUGGGGACCAUGGAACCCACGGGGACCACGGGGACCACGGAACUCACGGGGGCCAUGGAACCCACGGGGACCACGGGGACCACGGAACUCACGGGGGCCAUGGAGCCCACGGGGACCACGGAGCUCACGGGGACCAUGGAGACCACGGAACUCACGGUGAUCACGCGGCGCACAACGAUCAUGCAAACCAUGCGGACCACGACGGACAAAGUCACGCGAACCGCCUGGACCACGGCGCACACGGCGCGGGCUCGGAGGACGACCUGGAGUUCCCCACGCUGCCGUCGCCGCUGUUCUCGGACCGCGCGGGCCGCUCGCGGUGGGCCGUGGGCCCCGAGCAGCUGCCCUGGGAGCAGCACGGCGCCCGGCCCGCGCAGCAGCCCCUGCCGCCCGGUACCCCUCUCGUCAGGGUCAACUUCGAGCGGGCGUUCCUGUACGCAGUACGCCACGAGGCCACGGGGGCGAUCCUCCUCAUGGGGCGAUACUUGGACCCACACAGUUUUGCAUGAAGGCAUGGCCCGUGUGGUCAAGUCAGGUCAGAGGUCAUGUUAGGUCAGCAGUAUCUACGCGGUCUGGUCAGGUCAGAGGCUGGGUCACGUCAGGUUUCAGUCUGAAUGGGUCGACACAGCAUUAGUUCUGAAAGACAAUGAAUCCGUCCAGAUGGCGGUGCAGGGUCCGAUGGACCUGACAUCUGAUGGGCUGCAACAAAGCCAGACUCUCCCACAUUAGGCGUCCGGACCAAUUGCACGGUCUCACGGUCUGGGACGGUUCCGAACUCGGGACACACGAGCGGCUGCCUUUCUGCCCCUGAAACAUCAAAAAAUGUUUCACCGAGUUAAUUCCCUGUGAAUCAGAGGAAAAAGGACGACUGAGCAUCGCCAUCUUGCGGCCAACAGAAGCUAGAACGGCCAACGUCAAAACCCGCGCCCGGGAUCGGAAUGCAAGAGCACAUCAACAGACUAAAAGCUGCAGCACCCUUCCACACAGCCUGUCGUACCUUCGUCAUUGUUUCACUGGGAUCCAUUAGUUGGUUAUGUGGCGUGAUGAUGCAAUUUUCAUGUGGUCGUAUUUGACGGACCUGUUCACCAGACUGCAGUUAUACCCUGAGUCGAGGGGGGCUCCGGUAUGACUGUCGUCCGUUCAGAUGUUACAUUUUUGUUAUGAUGGUAAUGUGCGUUUGUUUAUUGUUAUUUGAUGCUAUAAAGUAUGAGAUAUGUUAGCUACGAGAAUGAACCGACGAACAAGACAUACAACAACGUAAGAAGCAUCGCUUCACUGGGCGAAAUAUGGGCAUGUUGUCGAUGAUUUUAAGUUACAAACACUGUCAGUGAAGGCCGAAACACCGACCAGUUGGAAUUAAAGUAUCUGGCCUAGGAGGCAUGUUUGAAUUUUAAUAGCUGGCACGUCAAGGUGAAUUAAUGUUGAAAGCGCUGUUUUGUACAUUGUUGUUGCUAAUCAAUACACAUUAUUUGUAAGAAU